UAUUUAUGUAGGCAAAAAGAAAGAGAAAGAAAAAGAGGGAGAGGAGAGAGAGAGAGAGAGAGAGAGAGAGAGAGAGAGAGAGAGAGAGAGAAGAAACGGGAGGAGGGGAUAAGGAAAUUAAACCCUUUAAGUCAAUGCAUAUUGUGGUGACACCGGCACAGGAGCCCUCACGGUGGAGUCGGCCCGGGCUGUGCGUUCCCAAAAUAUGACCAGGGGUGCUUGGAUGUGUCGGCAGUAUGACGACGGCUUAAAAAUCUGGUUGGCAGCACCCCGGGAGAACGAGAAACCGUUCAUCGAUUCAGAGAGGGCUCAGAAAUGGCGACUGUCUCUGGCAUCUCUCUUGUUUUUCACAGUCCUGCUCUCUGAUCACUUGUGGUUCUGCGCCGAAGCCAAACUGACCCGGACUCGGGACAAGGAGCAGCAGCAGCAGCAGCAGCAACAACAGCAGCAGCAGCGGCAUCAGCAGCAGCGGCAGCGGCAGCAGCAGCAGCAACAGCAGCGACAGCGGCAGCAGGAGCCCUCCUGGCCCGCGCUCCUGACGAGCAUGGGGGAGUCCUCGCCCGCCGCCCAGGCACACAGACUCCUCUCCGCCUCCUCAUCCCCCACCCUGCCCCCCUCCCCAGGAGACGGCGGCGGUGGCAAGGGCAACGGAGGCAAAAACAACCUGAGCAAGGCUCUUUUUCUAGGAAACUCUGCCAAACCAGUUUGGCGCCUGGAGACUUGUUACCCCCAGGGCGCCUCCUCGGGCCAGUGUUUUACAGUGGAGAGUGCGGACGCGGUGUGCGCCAGGAACUGGAGUCGGGGGGUGGCAGUCAGGGGGGAGGAACAGCAGGUGAGGGGGACGCAUCCAACUCCACUCUGGAACUUGUCGGAUUUUUACCUUUCGUUUUGUAAUUCCUACACACUUUGGGAGUUGUUCUCGGGGUUGUCAAGUCCCAACACUUUGAACUGCAGUCUGGAUGUGGUGCUCAAGGAGGGCGGCGAGAUGACCACUUGCAGGCAAUGCGUCGAGGCUUACCAAGACUAUGAUCACCACGCUCAGGAGAAAUACGAAGAGUUUGAAAGUGUGCUCCAUAAAUAUUUACAAUCGCAGGAGUACUCGGUGAAAUCCUGUCCUGAGGAUUGUAAGAUUGUCUACAAAGCCUGGCUGUGUUCCCAGUACUUUGAAGUCGCACAGUUUAACUGCAGAAAGACAAUUCCUUGCAAGCAAUACUGUUUGGAGGUUCAGACGAGGUGUCCGUUUAUAUUGCCCGACAAUGAUGAAGUCAUCUACGGGGGGCUCUCCAGUUUCAUCUGUACAGGGCUCUACGAGACCUUCCUAACCCACGAUGAACCAGAAUGCUGUGACAUCAGGAGAGAGGAGCAAUCAAACAACCCAUCCAAAGGGGCGCUGGAGAACUGUGGCUCCUGUCACCGGACGUCGCUCACAGUGUCCUCGGCGCCGAGGCUGUGCAGCAGCAGACUCAAACUGUGUGUGCUGGUACUGAUUCUCCUGCACACAGUCCUCACGGCCUCGGCCGCGCAGAACGGCACGGCGCUGGGCCUCGGCGGCCUCCCGGCGCUGGAGGAGGGCUCCACCAACGAGGAGUGACCGAGGAGUGACCGCAGCAGCCCCAGCGUCGCCGCAGCAGCCGGGCCCCCCUCAAAGCGAACUGCUGUCCCAUGGAACAGAGCCGGGGUGCUUUGACCCUCCAGUCACUCCCGGCAAGGCCUUUAGGAUAACAUUGGAAAAGAUGGGCCCGGAUCCUAACAAGGACACAAACACAGCUUUUUAUUGACGGAAAGGCUGUCAAGUGACUUCAGUUUCUCACACCAUUUUAUACACUGUGUUUUAAUGUUUGGAGGCUUUCUUUGCUUUGGUUUGGGUUGGGGUUGAUUUGUUUGUUUAUUUUUUGCACUUGUUAAUACAGGAUUUAUUUUGGGGGAUGCUUUCUCAGAGGUAAACUAAGUCUUUUCACUGUCUCUCUCUCUCUCUCUCUAGUCAUUGUGUGUGUUCAUCAGAUAGUUCUGUCUCUAUGUCCUGUCAGUUCUAUUAGAGGAAUGAUUGCUAUGACCUCGUGGUAUAGCAAAAAACAAACAAAAAAAUAUAUAAAAAAGAAAAAAGACAAAAAAAAGAAAACAACAAAAAAUUAAAAAAAAAAAAAAUUCCCUAACUCUCCCUCCUGCCUUGGGAACCGGCUUCCCUCCGGCCUCCCCUCCCCGGGCCCUGAACCCUCCCCUAAGCAGACGACAUCGCUUGCUUUUGUCUGUGUGGCCACAGUGACCGGCUCUGGUGGUCUCCGAGCUGCUGUGGCACAAACCGCACCGGAGCAGACCAGGGGGUUCCUUUCUGGGUGAACAAGCAAGUGUUCCCCAUAAUAGGUGGAAUCAGACAGUUUCACACAUUGUUAUGUUGAAAACAAAAUCAAAGCAAAACAAAUUACCAUGAACUAAGUUGCUCCAGCUCCCAUUCCCCAAGGCCCCCAGUCCUUUCUCAGUGGUCAGGUGGCUCCCCAAGUGGCCGUCAUGGAGAAUCAGGUGAGAACAGGCAGAAAGUCCCCCCUGGAAGGCGGAUUUCCCUGUGACUCCAGGAGCCCAUUCUGGCCUUUGCAGUGGGAACAAAGAGGCUGAGAAAACAAACCUCUUUUUCCUCCGUAUUGCCAUGGAGGAGGCAGUAGAGAUGCUCAAAUCCCCGCAGUACACGGAAUAUACACACUUUUACUCCAGUAUUUCCCCAAUAUAUGGUUUGAAAAUAUUCCAGGUAUAAAGAGUAUGCAAUUCUGAAUAAUCACAAAAAAAGAACUUUUUUAAAAAAAAAUAGGUUAGCCAUUUUCAUUCAAGUGCAAAAACUGUAUCACUCUAA